AUGCUCAUCACAGAGACGUUCAAGGAUGUGCCCACCCAGGCGGGCGGCGACAUGCGGGUCUUCAUCUUCCACCCGACUAUCGCGAACUACCCGCACGCGAAGUUUCCCGGCGUCGUCGUGUUCUCGGAGAUCUACCAAGUAACGGGCCCCGUGUCCCGCUUCGCCCGCGCCAUCGCUUCGCAGGGCUACAUCGUGGCCGCCCCGUCCUCGUACCACGAAUUCACCGGCCCGGAGGCACUCGCGUACGACGGCCCAGGCACCGACGCCGGCAACGAGUGGAAAGUCGCCAAGAAAGUAUCCUCGUACGACGAAGACGCCACACUCGCCGUCGACCUGCUGCUCAGCCUGCCGACGUGCACCGGCCGCAUCGGCGCCACGGGCAUGUGCCUGGGCGGACACCUCGCGUACCGGUGCGCGCUGGACCCGCGCGUCGCCGCCGCGGUGUGCUAUUUCGCGACCGACGUGCACAGCGCGACGCUCGGGGCGGGCAAGAGCGACGACUCGCUCAAGCGCGCGCGCGACAUCAAGGGCGAGCUGGUUAUGAUUUUCGGCAAGAUGGACAACCACGUGCCGCCCGAGGGGCGCGAUUUGAUCCGCAAGACGCUGCACGAGGCGGGCGUGACGUUUAGUUUCUACGAGCCGGCGUGGGCGCAGCAUGCGUUUAUCCGCGACGAGCUCAGUAAGGGACGCUAUGACGCGGCGCUGUCGGGGGUGUGCUUUGAGAUGCUGAAGGAGCUGUUUGGGCGCACGCUGAGGUCAGAUUUGGGGCCAAGGAGCGGCGGGGAGGUGGAGAUUGAGGAUGUUUGCUGA